AUGAGUUCCUAUUUUGUGAAUCCCACUUUCCCCGGGAGCCUGCCCAGCGGCCAGGAUUCCUUCCUGGGCCAGCUGCCCCUCUACCCGGCCGGCUAUGACGCGCUGAGGCCCUUCCCGGCCUCCUACGGGGCGUCGAGCCUCCCGGACAAGACGUACACCUCACCUUGUUUCUACCAACAGUCCAACUCGGUCCUGGCCUGCAACCGGGCGUCCUACGAGUACGGGGCCUCGUGUUUCUAUUCUGAUAAGGACCUCAGUGGCGCCUCGCCUUCGGGCAGUGGCAAGCAGAGGGGCCCCGGGGACUACCUGCACUUUACUCCCGAGCAGCAGUACAAAUCCGACAGCAGCAGCGUGCAGGGCAAAGCCCUCCAUGACGAAGGCACCGACCGGAAGUACACGAGCCCUGUUUACCCCUGGAUGCAGCGGAUGAACUCCUGCGCGGGUGCUGUGUACGGGAGCCACGGGCGCCGAGGCCGCCAGACCUACACACGCUACCAGACGCUGGAGCUGGAGAAGGAAUUCCACUUCAACCGCUACCUGACGCGGCGGCGCCGCAUCGAGAUCGCCAACGCGCUCUGCCUCACCGAGCGCCAGAUCAAGAUCUGGUUCCAAAACCGCCGCAUGAAGUGGAAAAAGGAGAAUAAACUCAUCAAUUCCACGCAGCCCAGCGGGGAGGACGCAGAGGCAAAGGCGGGCGAGUAG